AUGUCUCUCACAUUUGCUGCUCUCGCAGAACAUACUCAACUUAUGACACCCAUGUCUAUGUCUCCUCCCCUAUCCUACAAGACCGAUGAUGACAAUUCUUCGGAGUGUUCGUAUUAUUCACUGGCAGACCUACAGUACGACAGAUGGUAUCGCAACAUCCCAGCAAGUCAAGUCCGGGAACAAGCCAAGCAGGUGCCAGAUUCCCCUGCGCCAACCGAGGCAUUGUAUCCUCGGAAGUUCCAUAAUAGCGAACGACUGAGUCUGAAGUCUUGCGGCCCGUGGAAAGAGUACCCUUUUUGUCUGAACAAACGGUACACGAUGGGCUCUCCUGGCCCGGCUCGAAUCAUCAUCAACUCUGCCAAGCCAGAUGAUGUGGAUGUGGUUUAUCACCCGACACAAGGCAACAGAAUGGUCUGCUUGGCGCAGUAUCGUCCGAGGGGGUACAGAAAGGGUGCCUGUCUCAAGCCCUCGCCAUACAAUCCACUACCAGCCAACAACACUUUUGGCAUCCCUGAGGGGACAACUUACCAAGGGCAUGAGGUCUACCAAGAUCUGUCCUACUACUACCCACAACCACAGUCAAUGACUACACCAAUGAUCCCUGCAAUGCAGGCAGCGAUGUUUUCCCCGGUAUAUACCGGAUGUUUCUCGGCAAUGCCCACUUGGGCGCAGUAUGAUUCAGGGUACAAUACAUAUAAUUAUCCCAAUCAAUAUACUUACUAA